ACAAACAAAAAGUGUAACCGCCCUUCUUCCCCGUUCCUCUAUUGCAUUUCCGACACAAAAAACACACAUUUCGUUUUAUUUUCCGAUUAUCACUCGUUUUCCCUCUAUCCGAUUCGAAUUCUCCGAUGACCGGCGGCGAGGACCGGCACCGGACGGAGAACUGAAAAAGAGCCAUCUCCUCUUUCUCCGGCAGGCAUGUCCGAGAACAACGACCUCGCGUUGCAAACGUUCCGAGCGCUGGUCGAAAACGCCGACCGUAAGUUCGCUAGGGUUCGAGACGUGCCGGCGUACGGUCGCGUGAGCCAGAACCACUUCUUCCAUAAGGUGUUCAAGGCGUACACGCGCCUGUGGAAGUACCAGCAAGAGAAUCGGGUGAAGCUGGUUCAGUGCGGUCUCAAGCGGUGGGAAAUCGGCGAGAUCGCGAGUCGAAUCGGUCAACUCUACUUCGGCCAGUACAUGAGGACCAGCGAGUGUAGGUUCCUCGUGGAGGCUUACGUCUUCUACGAAGCUAUACUCAGUAGAAGGUACUUCCAAGGAUCCGAAGCUUCCAUCAAAGAUCUGGGAGUAAGGUCUAAGGAGUUGCGGUUCUAUGCGCGGUUCUUGUUGGUUUCGGUGAUUUUGAACCGCACCGAGAUGGUCAAGCACCUCAUGGAAUGUUUCGUCGCUUUGGUUGAGGAUUGCAAGAGUAACUUUCGGGAAACUAACUUUAAGGAAUGGAAGCAAGUGGUGCAAGAAAUUGUCCGAUUCACACAAGUUGAUAAGGGCUUUAGUUUCAGGCCCAUGCGUUAUUGUGCCACAUUUGAUACUCACCGAGCUUCUCUUCCUUAUGUUGCUCGUUUUCAUGCAAAAAGGGUUUUAAAAUUUCAAGAUGCAGUGUUGGCAAGCUAUCAUCGAAAUGAGGUCAAAUUUGCUGAGCUUACAUUGGACAUCUACAGAAUGAUACAGUGUUUAGAAUGGGAGCCCAGUGGAAUAUUCUACCAAAAGCAUACAGUUAAACCUAAGGAGAAUGGUGACUCAAUUGAUCAUUCAGGGGCUUCUGGGAUAAUAGACAUGAAUCUUACUGCAGAUAUGACUGAUCCAAAUAUACCUCCUAAUCCUAGAAAGGCUACCAUGUACCGUCCAUCUGUGACACACGUGAUAGCAGUUAUGGCUACAAUUUGUGAGGAGCUGCCUCCAGAUAGUGUUGUGCUAGUAUAUCUUUCAGCCUCAGGGAAAGCUGGUCUUAAUAAUGUGUCUCAGGUGGAAAAUUCCGGAGGUUCAUCCAAAUAUUUAAGACACAAAGUCCUUUCUCAGACUUCCCAAGGACAGAAUUCUGGACCUGCCGAAUCUCAAAAUAAUGGCAAGAGAGAAUUGAAUUAUUAUGACAAUUAUUUGUGGUUUGGUCCCAAGGGAGGUGGUGGUUCAAGUAACCUCUACCCUGGUGAUCUUAUCCCCUUCACUCGGAAACCUCUCUUCUUGAUUAUUGACAGUGAUAACAGCCAUGCAUUCAAGGUUUUACAUGGUGCUGAAAGGGGAGAAACAGCUGCUCUAUUUCUUUCUCCUUUAAGACCGAUUUUCAAGAAUCCAUCUGAUGUGAAUUCAAGUAAUGGAGGUCAAUUUACCUUUUUUCUGACUGCUCCUUUGUCAGCAUUUUGUCAAAUGAUUGGCCUCUUCCCCAAUGAGGCUGAUACAGAUGUCUUCAUUGAAGCAGAGAACAUAAUCGCUAGUUCUUUCACUGAGUGGGAAAUAAUUCUAUGCUCAUCAACUAUCAUGGAUAUAGUAUGGGCGCAGGUUAUAAGUGAUCCAUUUUUAAGACGGCUUAUUCUAAGAUUCAUAUUCUGCCGAUCCGUGAUCUCUUUUUUCUGCCCACGUGAGGAAAGUGAACAGUAUCUGCCACUUUGCUUACCCCAUCUACCCACUUCCGUUGCACCAACGUCUGAAGCCGUGCGUUCUGCUGUUGUGCAACUUGCCAAGCACUUUGACGUUGCUGACUCCUUUCACUUUACUGAAACAUAAGAUUGGGACUUUAAAAAUAGUAAAAUGUUAGGUUUAUAUGCAGGCUUUGGAAACUAAGGAUUCUCGGAUCAAAGGAAUACAAAACACAGUAAGAGUUGACCUUUCCUGCGACAUUUUUACGAGUAUUUGUGGUGUGGGUCUUGGGCUUUCAGAUGGAAAAAACAAAUCGUUGGCUAUGGUUGCCUCUGCAGCUCUAUUUGUUGUGUUGCUUGAUUCGACCCCACCUGCUUCAUUGAUCUAUAAGCUGUAUUUGGUGGCUGGCUCUUUACUUUUAAGGUUAGGUGAUGAUGAGUGCCUGGUGACUUUUCUUGUGUUUGGUCGUGGCAAGGUAGUCUUGUUUUUUGGUAACGUGGCAAGAUAGUAGUUUAGUUUAAAAUCAGUUGUAUUUGUUCAUAUUUCAUAGCUUUGCAAAGGAAAAAAAACAGGAAGUUCUUUUUAAUUUUUACCUUUUUUGAGCAGAAUUGGACGGUGGUGAAACAACUUUGGUUGAGAAGGAUGUAUUAAUUCUGUCAAAACUCGAAAGUAAAUUACUUACCAUGUAUAUUCAAUUUUAGUGUUUUACCAUAUUUAGAUAUAAAAAGUAAAAACAUCGUAGUUG